UGGUGUAGUUGGUUUAUCACGUUCGACUGUAAUGGAAUUCAAUGCCAUCGAAAGGUCCCUAGUUCGAUUCUGGGAGCGGAGACAUUCUUUUUGCUCGUUGAGCCUUUGGCUAGUGGUUGGAUCUUUUUGCGCUGGAAAAUUCGCCGGGAGAGGCUUUUCUGCCGUCGGGAACGUGUGCGGGGCGAUCCGAGGGAUGGACCGUGCGAGUGGCCAAACCUCGGUUCAGGGCUGCGGCUAUUUUGGCGAAGGAAGGUGGCACAGACUUAAGCAGCGGUUCUGGGUGGAUGCUCAAUUUUUGGACGAGAUGGUGGUGGACACGUUAAACUGUUGGCGAGGAAGGUGCACUGUGCAGGUGGAUAUGGCUUUUUUGUGUGCUUGUUGGAGGCAAGAGAGGAGCAUCUUGGCAUGUGUCCGUGCCCAGUUGGGUAAAGACGCUGACAGCACGAGGCCGCCGACAAAAUAAACGAGCAUCGCCAUACGUGCAACGUGACGAUACGCUACUCGAUGCUCUGGCCGAAAGACCCAUUGUCAGUUGUAAACGUUGGAACAGCGUGUUGAG